AGAACGCGUCCCCGGCCAAUUUCUGAGAUUAAUAAACCGACAAUAAAGACACCCACUGCUUAGCGACGAAGGAAAGAGCGAGCGAGAGCGAGAUGGCCGCUGGAAGCUAUUGAUCCUCGCCGGAACCUAGAGAAGAGGGGUUAGGCUAUGGGAGGGAGCAGCGGAUCUGUGCCGACUGGCCCGGUGGUGGAGGAUGAGUAUGCCACUGUGAGGACGUCGGUGUGGUGGGAUAUCGAGAACUGCCAGGUUCCCAGGGCAUGCGAUCCGCACCUGAUCGCCCAAAACAUAAGCUCAGCGUUGGCGGAGAUGGGGUACCGCGGCCCCGUCUCAAUCUCUGCCUUCGGAGACACAAGCAAGAUAGCCCAGCCCGCGGUGCAAGCGCUGAACAGCACCGGCAUCGCCCUUAACCACGUCCCUGCCGGCGUCAAAGAUGCAAGUGAUAAGAAGAUUUUGGUUGACAUGUUACUUUGGGCAGUUGAUAAUCCACCUCCUGCGAACUACUUGUUAAUAUCUGGUGAUCGUGACUUCUCAAAUGCACUCCACCAACUUAGUUUUCGGAGAUACAACAUUCUUCUUGCCCAACCACCAAGUGUAUCACAAGCCCUUGUUGCAGCAGCAAAAAGUGUCUGGAACUGGAAGGACCUUGUGGUUGGUGGUCCGCCAUUGGCUAUGUUGCCCGGCAUUGAAGAUACAGCUAAUGGCUAUUCUGCUAAUGCCAAAGUUGAUAAUCGCACAAAAGGGAAACAAAGGAAACAAUCAAAUCCUAUCCAGUCAACUAGUGGCAAAGCCUCGACGCCAUGCACAGUCAAUCAGCCGCUGGCAAGCCAAGCCCUUCCUGCUCAUGUUAGUAGCCAACAAUUUAGCAAUAAUAUAAAAAAUCCUGAGCAAUUGUCUCCCUCAACUAUACCUAGUAGUGAAUUCCAGGACAGGUUGCAAGGGAAGAAUACUAGUCUGUUUCCUCAGUCAUCAAUUCCAAAGCAACCUUCUCAGCCUUCUGAAGCAAUGCCUUUUAAGGCAACUCCUCAUGAGCUUUUUCAAGGAAAUUGGCCCAACUCUUCUAGUGGUCAUGUAGCAAAUUAUGCAGCAUCUAAGCCUGAUUUUGCCCUAGAACAUGGAAAUACCUUUCCUAGUAACCACAAAUCACAUCAGCCUCAGCUACUAAAACCAAGUGAUUUAUUGCCUCCACAGCCUAAUAGUCAACCUGGGCAUUCGUCUUCAACAAAGUCGCCAAACUAUAACUAUGAUACCUACUCAAACAAACAAAAUAUGAGUUCUUUCCCAGUGCAAAAUGGCACUUGGACUUCUGAACAUAUGCACAGACCUCCAGCUCCGCCUCUGCCUACACUUCCACCCAUCAGAGAUAAAUGUAUGUCUCAAGAUGGACUACCAAACACAGGGUGUCCUGUGCCAACUUCCGAGGUCCAGAAUAUUUUAAAUGCUUUGCAUAUCUUAAAAGCCAACAAAAUGAUCCCGACGGAAGCAAAUAUAGUCGAUUGUAUUCGAUAUGGUGAAAUGAGUUUCCAAAAUUUUGACAUUAAGGCAGCCUUAGAUUAUGCUAUCCAACAUAAACAUGUUGUGAAGCAUAUGUUGGGCGGUAAUUUAACUUUAUAUGUAGGAAAAAAUAUUGCACUCUGGAAAUGGGUGAAUACUAUGGAUGUUCAUGCAAAACAUCCCCAGGCAACUUGGGAUGCUGUUCUUAAAUUUCUAUCGUCAGUAGAAGGGCAUCAUUCGGUUAUGACAUCACCAAGCAGGUAUCGAGCAGCAACAUGUAUUAGAGAAUCAUGCCUGAAUCAUCUUGCUUUAGGUGAAGUUCUUCAGAUAUUACAAGCAAUAACUGAUGUGAAAAAGUGGAUUAUGCCUCACCGAUCGGGUUGGCAGCCAUUAUCUUUCAGUUUGCCAGAUACUGAGAAGAAAGCAAAUACAGGUGUGACUGGCAAAUCUUGAGAUGCUCUCCUAAACUAUGAUGCAAAAAAUUAUCUGAAUGCAAUUCGAGUAUGGCGCACCUGUGAAUGGAUGCAUUAGUACAUGUAAUGCAUACUGUGCUUUUGACUAUCAUGAAUGCUAAUUUCAUAAUCACUUGACGUUUGGUAUUGAUCCUGUAUUUAUUGUUCUUAGAUUUCAUAUCUAAGCAAGA